AUGUCGCGCGGUGGCACCACCUUGUACGUGACUGGCUUCAGCCACGGCACUCGCGCCCGAGACCUCGCCUACGAAUUCGAACGGUUUGCCUUUGUCGAGUACGAGGACCGUCGCGAUGCUGACGAUGCUUAUCAUGAGAUGCACAACAAGCGCAUCGGUCGCGACGACAUCCUGAAGAUUGAGUGGGCUCGCACCCCUCCUUCCGCCUCAUGGCGCUUCGACUCUGGUCGUGACCGUGAGCGGGCUCCUCGCCGCUCCUCUCCCCGUCGUGGCCGCUCGCCUUCUCCUCGUCGCAGCACCCGCGACUACUCUCCCAGAAAGGACGACCGCCGGGACCGCGACCGCGACUAUGACCGUGGCGACAGACGCGACACCCGCGACCGUUCCCGCAGCCCUGACCGACGUGAUCGAGACGCCAAGGAAGACCGCGAAGACCGGGAACCCCGUGAGAACGGUACCAACGGUGACGAUAGAAAGGCACUGGACAGCCCUCCCCCUGCCCAUGACGACCUGGACGUUGCUGCGGAGUGA